AUCUGAUAUCUAUGAAGCGUAAAGCCACAACAGGGCAGGGAUUCCCGUGACACUUUGGCCUGCAAAAAGAUAAAAAAUCAUAGCUUUGCAUCAUAAGUUCCCCCACUCUCUAGUCCUUUAAACCCAACACCCAUUUCUCUUUCUCUUUCUCUCAUCCUAGUUUCCUCGUUAUAAUAAGCAUACACACACACGCACUUUCCAUUCCAUUGCAUCUCUCUCUCUCUCUCUCUCUCUCUCUCUAUCUCUCUAGAGUUCCACUAGUAGACUGAUCCUAUUCACUUUGGGGAGCAGAGCUGCAGAGGGUAAGAGAAAAUGCCAGGAUCAGGUUCAUUUUUAAGGCAACUGAGUGGAAGGGAAGCUUGGAAAUCAACAUCAAACAGGUGGGGAGGGAAUAGCAAGCAGAGUGGGGGCCGAAGAGCUAACAGUUGCUGUGAGGGAAGUUUGAAGCAGAUGGAAGGGCUUAACAUGUAUGGAGGCGAGAAUGGUGGGUUGGUGACGAGGAAGAGAGUGAUGGUUGUGGUGGACGACACCUCACACGCCAAGCAAGCAAUGAUGUGGGCGCUCACACAUGUAGCCAACAAGAGUGAUUUGCUCACUCUCCUUCAAAUCAUCCCUGCUGCUUCCAGUAAGGGCGGCUCUGAAAGCGCAUCCGAGUCCUCUUCUUCCUCUUCUCCUUACCUGGCCAACUCUCUUGGGUCUCUUUGCAAGGCUUGUAGACCUGAGGUGGAAGUAGAAGCCCUGGUUAUUCAAGGGCCAAAACUGGCCACAGUGUUGAGUCAAGUGAAGAAGCUGGAAGUGACUGUGCUGGUGCUGGGACAGAAGAAGCCAUCAGUUUUCAGCUGCUUACGCGGGACCAGCAGUACAGAGGAGUUUGUGGAGCAGUGCAUUAACAAUGCGGAGUGCUUGACUUUUGGAGUGAAGAAGCAGAGCAGUGGCAUGGGUGGCUACCUAAUCAGCAGCAGAUGGCAGAAGAAUUUCUGGCUCUUGGCUUAGGCCUAGACUCCUAGUUAUUAUGACAAAUAUAUACCGGAAGAUAGACUUUCUAAUAUUAGCUUUCUUAGCUUAACUCUGUGUAACUACUACUAAGUACUGACUAGAUCUCUCUUUGUAUUAAGCAAAGUGAAAAUAAAAGCUCCACUCUCUGUCUUUCUCAACAUUGAUGUCCACUCUUUUCCCUCACCCUGCUGGGCUAGAUGACCAUGACAAUUACGCCUGGGGCUAUUGCAAAAUAAAUUUUACAAUAUGUUUCUUCAUAUUCCAA